UGACUUUUAAAUAGGUGUGCAGCAAUUUAUGUAUAACCUAUACAAAAUGUUUUCAUGAUAUAUUAUGGCUUAUGUUUACACUUGUUGCAUAACGAAACUCAACAACUUCAAAACGUGAGAAGCUUCUGCCAUCGUCAGGCCACUACUCACCGAGGUGAGGCACUCGACUCUCAAAGACUGAUUUUUGGACUUGCGAGUGUACGCACUUGCCUCUGCGCGCGCGCGCGUGUCGUGCUUGUACGGGAGCUGACGUGAGCUACAGUGGGGCUGUCUUUCCUCCGCUCUGCCCGCACUCAUAAACGGAUAUGAUGAUAACCCAGUGCUGAAAACAGCACCGGAGAAGCAACGACAGUGAGCUCUGACCAUGGCGGAAGAGGACGACGCCAGGAUUCGAAUUUUACAGAGCCUACGAGGGAAAAUAUGUGAAGCUAAGAACCUGUGCCCAGUGUCAGGUCCUAAUCGACAAAGGGAUCUAUGUACAUUUUGCACCAUAAGCCUGGACCAAGAGGAGGUGUUUCGUACCAGGGUGUUUGACAAAAGUAUAAGCCCAUUCUAUGGAGAAGAUUUCUACUUUGAGAUCCCGCGUCCUUUUCAGUGUUUGUCCUUCUAUGUUUAUGCCAAGGGUGUUUUUCAAAGGGACCAACCUGUGGGUAAGGUAUCAAUUCGGAAGGAUGACCUUUGUAAAUACAGUGGGAAGGAACACUGGUUUGGCAUUCAGCCAGUAGAUCCAAACUCGGAAGUACAGGGUAAGGUUCACCUUGAGAUGCGGCUAAAUGAAGUGAUCACAGAAAACGGCUCAUUGGGUCAGCACUUACUUGUUCGGAUAAUCGAGUGCCAGGAGCUGCCUUUGAUUAGUGGGCAAAACUGUGACCCCUAUGCCACCGUAUCACUGGUCGGACCUGCCAGGUCUGACCAAAAGAAAACAAAGGUAAAAAAGAAAACCAGCAACCCUCAUUUUGAAGAGACCUUCUCUUUUGAGGUCACACGAUCCAGCAGCUACACUAAAAAGUCUAAUUUUCAAGUGGAGGAGGAGGACGUAGAGAAACUCGAGAUCAAAAUUGAUUUGUGGAACAAUGAAAACCUGGCCCAAGAUGUGUUUCUGGGUGAGACACGGGUCCCCGUCAAGAUCCUGAAAAAAGACCACAUCCACAAAGCCUGGUAUCUCCUUCAGCCUAAAGGAAACGGCAGCAAAUCCAAAUCUGAUGAUUUAGGUUCUUUGCGUGUGAAGCUGACCUACAUAGAAGACACAGUGCUGCCCUCUGCCUGCUACACGGCACUCUGCAAUCUGCUGCUCAAAUCUCCAGAUGUGAAGCCCAUCUCAGCUUCAGCAGGGCACAUCCUGGGUGACAUCUACAGAGAGCGCUACGAGGCUAUUCUGCCCAUGGUUCGACUGCUGCUCCACCACAAUAGAUUUGUGUCUUUUGUCUCUGCUGUGGUGGCGCUGGAGCUCGAGAACACUCAGGAGGCCAACACUAUAUUUCGUGGGAACUCACUGGCAACACGCUGCAUUGAUGACAUGAUGAAAAUUGUGGGGAAGAAUUACCUGGCGGUUACCCUGAAGCCUGUAGUGGAUGAGAUCUGUGAAUCCAACAAAACGUGUGAGAUAGAUCCUGUUAAACUAAAGGAAAGCGACAACGUAGAGGUCAACAAGGAGAACCUCCAUGGUUAUGUUCAGAAGGUGUUUUCCUGCAUCACUCAGUCCAGUUCAAGCUGCCCCCCACUCAUGUGUGAUGUUUUCAGGUCACUCAGACACUUGGCCUGCAAGCGUUUCCCAGCCGACCCACACGUCCAGUACUCCGCUGUUAGCAGCUUCGUGUAUCUGCGCUUCUUCGCUGUUGCUGUCCUCACUCCACACUCCUUUCAACUGCGUUCACAUCACCCUGAUCCUGAAAUUUCUCGCACACUCACUCUCAUUUCAAAAACCAUCCAAACCCUGGGCAGCUGGGGCAGUUUGUCCAAGAAAUUGUCUAGUUUCAAAGAAAACUACAUGUGUGACUUUUUCAAGUCAUUCCAGGAGGACAAGUGUAUUGAAAGGGUUAAAAAGUUCCUUGAUGAGAUCUCCUCCAAUGUAAGCAAAGAGUCCAGCGGGGUGGAGGAUGCCGUGGUUCUCAAGGAGGGAGAAGUGCAGAAACGGGCACAAGGAAGGAAACGACUGGGAAAGAAAAAUUUUAAGAAGAGAUGGCUUAGAGUGACCAACAGGGAGCUGUCCUACCACAAACAUAAAGGGAAAGAAGCCCUCUGCACCAUCAACGUCAAACAUAUCCAGGCAGUUGAAAAACUUGACGAAAGUGCAUUUAGCCGCAAAAAUAUGUUCCAGGUGGUCCACUCUGACAAGCCUCUAUAUGUACAAGCAGGAAACUGUGUAGAGGCAAGUGAGUGGCUGGAGGUCCUAGGCCAAGUUACCGGCUGCAACGAGGGUCGACUGGCUACGCACCACCCUUCAAAUUACAGCGGCGGAGCCUGGCAGUGCUGCAAGAACCUAAGCAUCAACACACCAGGCUGCAAACCCUGCACAACCAUCAUGUUGGCCAACCUGCAGCUUGACAUCGACUGUGACCGGGAAACGGAGAGAAUUUUCUCCCUCCUCUCCUCCAACAGUACCAAACUGCAGGACAUGGAGGAUGCUUGUGCCAGCAUGGCGGUGUACCAAGGUCCUCAGCGGGAGCAGGAAGAACACUCCAAGUUCACCAUUCAGGAACCCAAAGAGACAUUUCAGACACUUAAGCAGCUCCGCAAAGUCAUGGUGGAACUUCAGAGGCAGCACAACAUCAGGCAUGACGCCACGGCACAGUACGGCAGCCUGGACAACCCUAUUGUGGGAAAAACCUCCUAACCAGAGUUUAAGCAGGUGUGGCGUGUGUGAGAGACAUCCACACCAGCAGGUGUCACUGCAUUACACACGUGACACCCCAUUACACACGUCACUCCCUCCGACAUCCUGAAGGAACUCUGGGAGUUUUUCCCCUCUGAGAGCUGCUGCUGCUGCAUGUCCAGGAGAAAAACAACUGCAAACACCCUGACCUCCAGACAUCCUUACUCCUGUUGUUGGAUAUGUAUGGAUCAUGGGUUUUUCCAGGAUCUGCCCUUGUCUUCUCAUAUUACCUCCUCCUCUUAAAGGGGGGUCUUUUUACAUCCCUUUUUCAUCCUCUCUUCUCCAGCUGUAAAAAGAAAAGACAUCAGUGGAUUAAGUGUGAAUAGGCUGCUAUUUUAUUUUUAUUCACCCAGUUUUAUCUCAACAGCUGCAGAGAAAGUUUCUCGUCUUUUCCAGCGUGUGGUGUGGAAUCGAUUAUCAUUCCCCAAUUUUUUUUUUCUUUGUGCCACUUGUGCCCAAGUACAUUUAAAGAAAAAAAAAAUUAUAUAUAUAUUUUUUUCUCAGUACAGCUAAAAGACCAGAACCAACAUGCCUUAUACUGAUGGAUGUUUUGUUUCUUUUAGAUAAAAUGCUGAGGGAUUAGAGCAGAAGCACUUUAAAUAUUUGGAGCUCUCCAAAUGCACCUUGAUUAUUGGAUACGUGGUAUCAGCCCCCAACCUCAUAUGAUCAGUUACAUGAUCUUGAAUACGUUUUCGCCUCGCUGUACAAUAACGUUGAUAACCUGUGGUUUUUAAGAUAUUUUUCUCAACCAAAGACAAUUUCAUAGGUUUGACUUGAAAUAGAAAAUGUAUAUUUUAAAAAUAUAUAUGUAUGUGUGUGUGUAUAUAUGUGUAUAUAUACAUAUAAAGACUGUAUGUGUGUGUAUAUAUGUAUAUAUA